AUGAAUGACCGACUCCAAAGUCUCCAACUUAAAGGAAGCACGGACGAGGCCCUGCACAAGGAAAUUGCUCAAGUCGACUGCUCACCCUUUACAGACGAGGUGGAACGAGCUGCACCGUCGAAACGGUUCACAACGCCAUCCAUCACUCCGUUUAAGGGAGACUCUGAUCCUGAGAGCCAUUUGAGGCACUUUAAGAGUGCCAUGAUCCUGUACAAAGCAGACGACGCCCUGAUGUGCAAAUACACCUCCUACAAGACGGUCAGAAAGCAUGCAGACCACUUGUUCAACCUGCACAAGAAACCAGACGAGUCUCUUCGAGACUACCUCAGACGAUUCAAGGCUGAGAAGGCAAACAUCAUAGGAUGCAAUGACCAAGUUGCAUCCUCAGCUUUCAAAAAAGGCUUGCCAACCGAACAUGAGCUAUACCAUGAGCUGGCCAUAACUCCAAGCCAAACCUUGGCAGAGGUCUUCGCGACGGCAGAGCGCUACGCACUUUGGGACGAAAAUCGUAUUGCGGCGAAGAAAGCCGGCAAGCAAGCUGAUCACCCGACAAGGCAGGCAAGCCAAAAAAGCAACAAGUUCGAGCUCAAAGCCCGACACAAGCGCAGAUCGCGGCCCCAAGAGGGAGGCUCAGAAGCAGGAACCUACACUGAGUUUACCAUCCCGAUCCAUCAAAUUCUAGCACAAGUGAAGGACAAGCCGUGGAUCGAGGAUCGUGAUGCGACUGCCAAGGAACCUCCCGAAAAGGUCAUACGGAUCAACACCAUUCUAGCUGAUUCCCAGGAGUCUGGGCUGACCACCAAGGAGCGCAAGAGAAAGAUCGCGCAGGCGACUUUUGUCUCCCACGUCACAACGGGCGUACCAGUCAUUGCAGAUACACCCAUCAUCGGCUUUCAGAAGAAGGACUUGAUCGGGCUUGAUCUGACGCACAAUGACGCCCUAGUAAUCUGCAUCCAAAUUGAACAAGCUGUGAUCGAGCGAGUUCACGUGGACGAGGGCAGCGCAGCCAACAUCCUGCAACUAUCUGUUUUGCAACAGAUGGGAUUGGAGCCCAAGAUCAACAAACUUGCUAGGUCACUCACCGACUUCAAUGGGGCCUCAUCGAUCACUGUGGGAACGAUUGACCUUGACAUCCACUCACCCCCGGUGGUCUGCUCGCAAACCUUUAUGGUCAUUGACGAGAUCUCCCCCUACAACGGAAUCUUAGGCCGACCGUGGAUCAACAAGAUCGAAGCCAUCACAUCUGCUCUACACCAGAAGAUCCGCUACCCCAUCAUUGGUGGCGGGAUCGGGCAGAUCAACAGUGACCAAGCCAUGGCAAGGAGAUGCACAGCCCAAGGGCUCAAGAAGAGCAAACAGCUACAGUUCACACCAGUAAUGCAGGCUACUGACGAGGCAGGAAACACUCCCAGCAGACAAGCAAGCCCGAACGAGAAGGAAGCUGCUACCUCAAAAUAG